AUGGUCUAUUUUUCUUUCUUUCUAUGUUCUUUUUGUAAUUCUUCGUUUUAUAUCAUUUUUUAUCAAAAUUACUGUCUCUCUAUCAGUUUAUUCUCUCUCUCUCUCUCUCUCUCUCUCUCUUCUUCAUUUUUGCUUUGUAUUCACCCUCCUUCUCACAUGGUCUAUUUUUCUUUCUUUCUAGUUUAUUCUCCUCCUCUCUCUCUCUCUCUCUCUCUCUCUUUCAUUUUUUUUUUAUUCACCUUCCUUCUCCCUUGGUCUAUUUUCUUUCUUUUUCUAUGUUCUUUUGAAACUCUUCGUUUUAUAUCAUUUUUUAUCAAAUUACUGUCUCUCUCUCGGUUAUUCUCCCUCUCUCUCUCUCUUCAUUUUUUGCUUUGUAUUCACCUCCUUCUCACAUGGUCUAUUUUUCUUUCUUUCUAUGUUCUUUUGAAACUCUUCGUUAUUCUCCAUCCUCUCUUUUUCUCUCUCUCUCUCUUUCAUUUUUGCUUUGUAUUCACCCUCCUUCUCACAUGGUCUAUUUUUCUUUCUUUCUAUGUUCUUUUGAAACUCUUCGUUUUAUAUCAUUUUUUUCAGAAAUUACUGUCUCUCUAUCAGUUUAUUCUCCUCCUCUCUCUCUCUCUCUCUCUCUCUUUCUUUUUUUGCUUUGUUUCACCCUCCUUCUCCUUUCAUGGUCUAUUUUCUUUCUUUCUAUUACUGUCUCUCUAUCAGUUCUUCUCUCUCUCUCUCUCUCUCUCUCUCUCUCUCUUUCUUUUUUUUGUUUCUAUUCACCUCCUUCUCCCAUGGUCUAUUUUUCUUUCUUUCUAUGUUCUUUUGAAACUCUUCUUUUUAUAUAAUUUUUUUUCAAAUUACUGUCUCUCUAUCGGUUAUUCUUCCUCCUCUCUCUCUCUCUCUCUCUCUCUUUCAUUUUUGCUUUGUAUUCACCCUCCUUCUCACAUGGUCUAUUUUUCUUUCUUUCUAUGUUCUUUUGAAACUCUUCUUUUAUAUCAUUUUUUUCAAAAUUACUGUCUCUCUAUCAGUUAUUCUCCUUUCUCUCUCUCUCUCUCUCUCUCUCUUUCAUUUUUGCUUUGUUUUCUUUUUGUCCUUCUCACAUGGUCUAUUUUUUCUUUCUUUCUAUGUUCUUUUGAAACUCUUCGUUUUAUAUCAUUUUUUCAAUACUGUCUCUCUAUCAGUUAUUCUCCCUUUCUCUCUGUCUCUCUCUCUCUUUCAUUUUUGCUUUCUUUCUUUCUCCUUCUCCCCUUUCUAUUUUUUCUUUCUUUCUAUGUUCUUUUGAAACUCUUCGUUUUAUCAUUUUUUAUCUGUCUUUCUCUCUAUCUAUUCUCCCUCCUUUCUUUCUCUCUCUCUCUCUCUCUUCAUUUUUUUUCUUUGUAUUCACCUUCUUCUCACAUGGUCUAUUUUUUUCUUUCUUUCUUUUUCUUUUUUUUCUUCGUUUUCUAUCAUUUUUAUCAAGUUUCUGUCUCUCUAUCAGUUGUUCUCCUCCUCUCUCUCUCUCUCUCUCUCUUCAUUUUGCUUUGUAUUCACCCUCCUUCUCCAUUUUUUCUAUUUUUCUUUCUUUCUAUGUUUCUUUUGAAACUCUUCUUAUUCUCCCUCCUCUCUCUCUCUCUCUCUCUUUCAUUUUGUCUUUGUAUUCACCUCCUUCUCACAUGGUCUAUUUUUUCUUUCUUUCUAUGUUCUUUUGAAACUCUUCGUUUUUCUAUCAUUUUUUAUCAAAAUUACUGUCUCUCUAUCAGUUAUUCUCUCUCCCCUCUCUCUCUCUCUCUCUCUCUCUUCAUUUUUUGCUUUGUAUUCACCCUCCUUCUCACAUGGUAUAUUUUUCUUUCUUUCUAUGUUCUUUUGAAACUCUUCGUUUUAUAUCAUUUUUUCUUUCAAAAUUACUGUCUCUCUAUCAGUUAUUCUCUCUCUCUCUCUCUCUCUCUCUCUCUCUUCUUUCUUUUUUGCUUUGUAUUCACCCUCCUUCUCUAUGGUCUAUUUUCUUUCUUUCUAUGUUCUUUUUCUUUCUUCUUAUUCUCUCUCUCUCUCUCUCUCUCUCUCUUCUUUUUUUUUCUUUGUAUUCACCCUCCUUCUCCCAUUUUCUAUUUUAUUUCUUUCUAUGUUCUUUUGAAACUCUUCGUUUUUCUAUCAUUUUUUUCAAAUUUGUGUCUCUCUAUCUUUUUUUCUCCUCCUCAAUCUCUCUCUCUCUUCAUUUUUGCUUUGUAUUCACCCUCCUUCUCACAUGUUAUUCUCCUCUCUCUCUCUCUCUCUCUCUCUUCAUUUUUUCCUUUGUCUUCACCCUCCUUCUCAUGGUCUAUUUUUCUUUCUUUCUAUGUUUCUUUUGAAACUCUUCGUUUUAUAUCAUUUUUUUAUCAAAAUUCUGUCUCUCUAUCUUUUAUUCUCCUCUCUCUCUCUCUCUCUCUCUCUCUCUCUCUCUCUUUUUUUUUUUUUCUUUGUAUGUGUCCCUUUCUUCUCACUUGGUCUAUUUUUCUUUCUUUCUAUGUUCUUUUGAAACUCUUCGUUUUUUUUAUCAUUUUUCUUUCAAAAUUACUGUCUCUCUAUCUUUUAUUCUCCCUCUCUCUCUAUCUCUCUCUCUCUUUUCAUUUUUUCUUUGUAUUCACCUCCUUUCUUUCAUGUGUCUAUUUUUCUUUCUUUCUAUGUUCUUUUCUUUUCUUCGUUUUAUUCAUUUUUUAUCAAUUACUGUCUUUCUUUCAGUUCUUUCUCUCUCUCUCUCUCUCUCUCUCUCUUUUCAUUUUUGCUUUUUUUCUUUCCUUCUUCUCACAUGUUCUUCUCCUCCUCUCUCUCUCUCUCUCUCUCUUUCUUUUUUUUCUUUUGUUUUCACCCUCCUUCUCACAUUUUUCUAUUUUUCUUUUUUCUAUGUUCUUUUUGUCUUUCUUUUCUUUUUUAUCAUUUUUUUUCUUUCUGUCUCUCUAUCAGUUUUCUCCCUCUCUCUCUCUCUCUCUCUCUCUCUCUCUCUCUCUCUUUCAUUUUUUCUUUGUUUCACCCUCCUUCUCAUCUUUCUAUUUUUCUUUUUUUCUUUCUAUUUAUUCUCCUCUUUCUCUCUCUCUCUCUCUCUCUCUUUCUUUUUUGCUUUGUUUUUUCCCUCCUUCUCCCAUGGUCUAUUUUUCUUUCUUUCUAUGUUCUUUUUCUUUCUUCGUUUUAUAUCAUUUUUUUUCAAAUUUUUGUCUCUCUAUCUUUUCUUCUCCCUCUCUCUCUCUCUCUCUCUCUCUCUCUCUUUCAUUUUUCUUUGUAUUCACCCUCCUUCUCUAUGGUCUAUUUUCUUUCUUUCUAUGUUCUCUUUCUCUUCGUUUUUUAUCAUUUUUUUCUUUCUUUCUGUCUCUCUCUUUCUCCUUCUUUCUCUCUCUCUCUCUCUCUCUCUCUCUCUUCAUUUUUUCUUUGUAUUCACCCUCCUUCUCCACUUGUCUCUCUUUUUCUUUCUUUCUAUGUUCUUUUGAAACUUUCUUUUUAUAUCAUUUUUUAUCUUUUUACUGUCUCUCUUUCUUUCUUCUCCUCUGUCUCUCUCUCUCUCUCUCUCUCUCUCUCUCUUCAUUUUUUCUUUGUAUUCACCCUCCUUCUCACAUUCUAUAUUUUUUCUUUCUUUUCUUUCUUCUUUCUUUUGAAACUCUUCGUUUUAUAUCAUUUUUAUCAAAUCUACUGUCUCUCUCUCAGUUUCUUCUCUCUCCCUCUCUCUCUCUCUCUCUCUCUCUCUCUCUCUUUUUCAUUUUUCUUUGUAUUCACCCUCUUUCUCACAUGGUAUAUUUUCUUUCUUUCUAUGUUCUUUUGAAACUCUUCGUUUUAUAUCAUUUUUUUCGAAAUUUCUGUCUCUCUAUCAGUUAUUCUCUCUCUCUCUCUCUCUCUCUCUCUCUCUCUCUCUUCAUUUUUUUCUUUGUUUUCUUUCUUUCUUUCUCACAUGGUCUGUUUUUUUCUUUCUUUCUAUGUUCUUUUGUCUUUCUUCGUUUUUCUAUCAUUUUUGUCAAAUUAAUGUCUCUCUUUCUUUCUUCUCUCUCUCUCUCUCUCUCUCUCUCUCUCUUCAUUUUUUCUUUGUUUCACCCCUCCUUCUCCACAUGGUCUUUUUUUCUUUCUUUCUAUGUUCUUUUUUCUUUCUUCGUUUUAUAUCAUUUUUUAUCAAGUACUGUCUCUCUUUCUUUUAUUCUCCUCCUCAAUCUCUCUCUCUUUCAUUUUUGUUUUCUUUUCACCUUUCCUUCUCACAUGUCUUUCUUUUUUUCUUUCUUUCUUUGUUCUUUUUCUUUCUUCGUUUUAUAUCAUUUUUUUCUUUCUUUCUGUCUCUCUAUCAGUUAUUCUCCCUCUCUCUCUCUCUCUCUCUCUCUCUCUCUCUCUCUUUUCAUUUUGCUUUUUCUUUCACCCUCCUUCUCCCUUUCUAUUUUUUUUUUUCUUUCUAUGUUCUUUUUUCUUUCUUCGUUUUAUAUCAUUUUUUUCUCAAAUUACUGUCUCUCUAUCAGUUUUUUCUCCCUUCUCUCUCUCUCUCUCUCUCUCUCUCUCUUCAUUUUUGUCUUUGUAUUCACCUCCUUCUCACAUUGUCUAUUUUCUUUCUUUCUAUGUUCUUUUGAAACUUCUUCGUUUUAUAUCAUUUUAUUCUUUCUGUCUCUCUAUCUUUAUUCUCCUCUCUCUCUCUCUCUCUCUCUCUCUCUCUCUCUUCUUUUCAUUUUUUUUUUCUUCACCCUUCUUCUCACAUGGUCUAUUUUUCUUUCUUUCUAUGUUCUUUUGAAACUCUUCGUUUUAUAUCAUUUUUAUCAGUUACUGUCUCUCUAUCAGUUAUUCUCCUAUCUCUCUCUCUAUCUCUCUCUCUUUUCAUUUUUUGCUUUUUUAUUCACCCUUCUUCUCCACAUGGUCUAUUUUUCUUUCUUUCUAUGUUCUUUUGAAACUCUUCUUUUUUAUCAUUUUUUUUCGAAAUUACUGUCUCUCUAUCUCCAUUCUCUCCUCUCUCUCUCUCUCUCUCUCUCUCUCUCUCUCUCUUUCUUUUUUCUUUCUAUUCACCUACUUCUCACAUUUCUAUUUUCUUUCUUUCUAUGUUCUUUUGAAACUCUUUCUUUUUAUCAUUUUUUAUCUUUACUGUCUCUCUAUCUUUUAUUCUCCUCUCUCUCUCUCUCUCUCUCUCUCUCUUCAUUUUUGCUUUUCUUCACCCUCCUUCUCCCAUGGUCUUUUUUUCUUUCUUUCUAUGUUCUUUUUUCUUUCUUUCUUUCUAUCAUUUUUUUCUUUUACUGUCUCUCUUUCUUAUUCUCCCUCUCUCUCUCUCUCUCUCUCUCUCUCUCUCUCUCUCUCUCUUUCAUUUUUCUUUGUAUUCACCCUCCUUCUCCCUUGGUCUAUUUUUCUUUCUUUCUAUGUUCUUUUGAAACUCUUCGUUUUAUAUCAUUUUUUUCAAAUUACUGUCUCUCUAUCUUUUAUUCUCCUCUCUCUCUCUCUCUCUCUCUCUCUCUCUCUCUUUUCUUUUUUUUUCACCCUCCUUCUCACAUGGUCUAUUUUUCUUUCUUUCUAUGUUCUUUUGAAACUCUUCGUUUUAUAUCAUUUUUUCUCAAGUACUGUCUCUCUAUCUGUUUUUUCUCCCUCUCUCUCUCUCUCUCUCUCUUUCUCUCUUUCAUUUUUGCUUUGUAUUCCCUUUUUCUCACAUGGUCUAUUUUCUUUCUUUCUAUUUAUUCUCCCUCUCUCUCUCUCUCUCUCUCUCUCUCUCUCUUCAUUUUUGCUUUGUAUUCACCCUCCUUCUCCCAUGUCUAUUUUUCUUUCUUUCUAUGUUCUUUUUUUUCUCUUCGUUUUAUAUCAUUUUUUAUCAAAAUUACUGUCUCUCUAUCAGUUAUUCUCCCCUCUCUCUCUCUCUCUCUCUCUCUCUCUCUCUCUUCAUUUUUUUUGUAUUCACCUCCUUCUCUCAUGGUAUAUUUUCUUUCUUUCUAUGUUCUUUUUUUCUCUUCGUUUUAUAUCAUUUUUUCAUCAAUUACUGUCUCUCUCUAUCAGUUAUUCUCUCUCCCCCUCUCUCUCUCUCUCUCUCUCUCUCUCUCUUCUUUUCAUUUUUUGCUUUGUAUUCACCCUCUUUCUCACAUGGUAUAUUUUUCUUUCUUUCUAUGUUCUUUUGAAACUCUUCAUUUUAUAUCAUUUUUAUCAAAUUACUGUCUCUCUAUCAGUUAUUCUCUCUCCUCUCUCUCUCUCUCUCUCUCUCUCUUCUUUUUUGCUUUUUUCACCCCUCCUUCUCACAUGGUCUAUUUUUUUUUCUUUCUAUUUCUUUUGAAACUCUUCGUUUUUAUAUCAUUUUUUAUCAGUUGUCUCUCUAUCAGUUCUCUCUCCUCUCUCUCUCUCUCUCUCUCUCUCUCUCUUCAUUUUUGCUUUGUAUUCACCCUCCUUCUCACAUGGUCUAUUUUUAUUUCUUUCUAUGUUCUUUUUGAAACUCUUCGUUUUAUAUCAUUUUUUUCAAAUUACUGUCUCUCUAUCGGUUAUUCUCCUCUCUCAAUCUCUCUCUCUCUCUUUUUUUGCUUUUUUAUUCACCCUCCUUCUCACAUGGUCUAUUUUCUUUCUUUCUAUGUUCUUUUGAAACUCUUCUUAUUCUCCCUCUCUCUCUCUCUCUCUCUCUCUCUCUCUUUCAUUUUGCUUUGUUUUCACCUCCUUCUCCACAUGGUCUAUUUUUCUUUCUUUCUAUGUUCUUUUGAAACUCUUCGUUUUAUAUCAUUUUUUAUCGAAAUUACUGUCUCUCUAUCGGUUAUUCUCCCUUCUCUCUCUCUCUCUCUCUCUCUCUCUCUCUCUCUUCAUUUUUGCUUUGUUUUCACCCUCCUUCUCACAUGGUCUAUUUUUCUUUCUUUCUAUGUUCUUUUUGAAACUCUUCGUUUUAUAUCAUUUUUUAUCAAGUACUGUCUCUCUAUCAGUUUAUUUAUUCUCCUCUCUCUCUCUCUCUCUCUCUUUCUCUUCAUUUUGCUUUGUAUUCACCCUCCUUCUCACAUGGUCUAUUUUUCUUUCUUUUCUAUGUUCUUUUUGAAACUCUUCGUUUUAUAUCAUUUUUUAUCGAAAUUACUGUCUCUCUAUCGGUUAUUCUCCCUCCUCUCUCUCUCUCUCUCUCUCUCUCUCUCUCUCUCUCUUCAUUUUUUUGCUUUGUAUUCACCCUCCUUCUCACAUGGUCUAUUUUCUUUCUUUCUAUGUUCUUUUGAAACUCUUCGUUUUAUAUCAUUUUUUUAUCAAAUUACUGUCUCUCUAUCAUUUUAUUCUCUCUCCCUCUCUCUCUCUCUCUCUCUCUCUCUCUCUCUUCAUUUUUGCUUUGUAUUCACCCUCCUUCUCACAUGGUAUAUUUUUCUUUCUUUCUAUGUUCUUUUGAAACUCUUCGUUUUAUAUCAUUUUUUAUCGAAAUUACUGUCUCUCUAUCGGUUAUUCUCUCUCCCUCUCUCUCUCUCUCUCUCUCUCUCUCUCUCUUUCAUUUUUGCUUUGUAUUCACCCUCCUUCUCACAUGGUCUAUUUUUCUUUCUUUCUAUGUUCUUUUGA